AUGCCACCCAAGGCAGCAGGAGGUCAGAAGGGCUCCACGAAGAAAGCCAAGCCCGUCUUUGAUGCCUUUGAGCGACUGUGUCAGUACACGUCGGUCUCGUUGCAGAACGCACCAGGCAGCCACUGCGCGGCCUUGAAGGCUGCAACGCAACCCACCAACACAGUUAGCGCGUCGCCGGCAGGUAUAGUGGUUGACGGGGAGGCGGGAGCGGAUGGCAGUCAAGCUGCGGAAUUCACCUCUAGCGCCAUCACAAUUAAGCCGCCACUGCCACGCACAGAAGUGUCGCUCCUCGUGCAGUUCCGCGUCUCCGUUGCGCUGGUGGAGGGGGAUAUCAUCUACAUCCACCUUCCCAAAUUCCGUGGCCCAGUGGCGCAGCAGUUCGCCCUUCAGCGUGUGUUCUCUGGCACCGGAGCUGCUGCGGGAGACCUAGCAGCGGGCAACUUGGUAGAGCGCGUCGACGACAUCGACACAAGCUCCCACUUCCGCGCCUACUGGUCAGGAGACUCGGCGAAGGUCAUUACCCCGGUCCGUCAGCUCACCUUUAAGCGUGGUAAGAACGGCGGGGCGCCGCCGAAGCAGGUGUUGCUGCUCCAGUGCAUCAAGGCCGUCAAUGCGAACACGCACCUCGUGUUCGGUGUGCCACGUGCGCUGGGUCUCGUGUCGCCCGAUAAGCUGCCGGCAAACAGCCCGAAGAUCAAGAUCGAGGGCCCCCUGAUUCGCGAGGCGAGCGGGCUCCGCAUCCUUAAGCAGGUAAUGUUCUCUUCAGAGAUCAAGAAGCGCACGGUGGUGGAGGAGCUGGAGGUGUACGACCAGUGUAUUGCGCAUGUCGCGCAAGAGGGCCGGCUGCAGACUGCGGACCGCCACCUCGGCGAGCAGCUGUCACUGGAGGAGGUGGACCAGCUCUGGAAGGCGGCGCAGCACCGUCGGCGCUAUCCGCUACCGAUGCCAUGGUUCAUUGCGGAAGAGCUCUCCAUCUCCUACGACGCUGCCGGCGGCUUCGUGAAGCGAAUAAUCCAGAACGCGAUCAAGGGCAUCAAAGACUUCGACCCCCUUGCGAUCCACCGGGAGGUGGCGCGCAACUGGGGCGUCAAGGUUGCUGCUGUGGUGGUGCUCGAUGACUUCCUCACGACGCAGUGGGGCGGGCUCUAUCCGGGGCUGCCGCGCGCAUCGCUGUUUGCGAUAUGCCUCCUGGUCAUGGAACCGGAGGACGUGGGGCGCACGUUCCCCAGGCUGCUAACGCUGCCGGAGCGCUCGAUCGCUGAGGAUCUGGUCAGCGCUUUCCGCAUGCGGACAACGCUGAUCGACAACACGGCGUCAGCGCCAUCGGCCGCCGCGGCGAAGGAGGACGACGCAGGGAUCGACGUCGGCAGUCUGCCAGACCGCUGCGGCGCGUUCCUUCAGAAGUGGGCGGCGCUGCUCACCGCGCUGCUGCCGGCCUCCUUCGUGGUUGAGGAGAGCGGUGACAACGCCGCCCGGGCAGCCGCGAAGAUGAUGGCGGCGGCGGCGCAAUCGCAUGAAUCAAGCGAGGCAGUUGUCAACGUGAACGAGGGCGGCGUGGCUGACGCGCAGGUGAUGGGGGCAGACGGAAGCCCCCGCGUCGGCUUUCAGCUGCCAGCCCGGGACGAGGUGGGCGACAACGCGCAGGAUGAGGAUGGUGUGGCGUUUCUUCACAGCCGUCGGCGGCACAGCAGCGGAGCCAACGCCUCAGGGUACCGUAUGGGCGCCAUUGCCACUCUGCAGCCUCCGCCGACGCUCUACAUCGGCUACCGUGACGUCCCUUUCGAUGUGCAGCGGUCGCUGCGCGAGAUCGAGCGUGGGGACUGGUUUGUGCUUCCCUGCUUCGUGGUGGCGCGGCAGUCGCUGCCCUACGCAGCGACCACCACAGCCACGCUCGAGGGCUCCGUGACGCUGAACGGCGGAGACGACAGCGCCUCGCAGGUGAAUUCCGCUACGGAGGGUGACGAGAGGAGCGAAGUCGCCAGCGAUGGCGCCAUCGUGGCCAUUCCCGAUAACGCGGUCGUGGUAGAGCUGCGCAACGUCGUGGAAGCUCUGGAGCUGGCCGACCUCUCCUUCUCACCGCACAACCGCGCGUGGCUGCUGCCGCUGGUCACGUCAUGCCGCGUUGUUGCCGUCGAGGAAGACCAGCACGACGUGCUGCACGUCAUCCUCGAUAUGCAGGGCAGCCUUCUGGGGCACGUGAACGAUCCCUACCUCCCGCAGAGCGACCGCAGCGUGGCCACGAUGGUCCUCAGCAAGUACCUGCUGAAAACGGAGCUCUCCGAGAUGUACAUCUCCGCACUCAGCUUCCUCGCGCUGCUCUGUGCACGGCGCAACGAGCGGCGUCGGCUGCACCCACCAACACUCAUUCGCGCGCAGUACCUGUCUCACUGCAACGCGGCGCUCCGCGCCGCUAUCGCGAAACAGCACGUGGAGGAGACGGAGAGCGUUGAGUGGCAGGUGCAUACGCACGAGGCGCAGCUGCUCGACGAGGGGGUUGUGAAGCCGGCGGUGUGGGAGCCGAUCCCCAAGAAGUUCAUGCUGACGGUGGAGCAGUUCUUCCUAGGCCACUCCCGCACCCUCACGAAGCUGGAGGAGGGAUCUCUGUCUGUGGACUUGGAGACCUACACGAUUGACUACGGCGGCAAAGGUCCGCGGGCGCUGCGCCGGGUCGUGCAGAAGGUGUACGUCACACACGAGCCUACUCUCACGGAAACGUUUGCCAUACUGCACGAGCGUGAGGAGCAAUACACGAAGCAGAUUAGCAUGCUCGAUACGAAGCUGGGCAUCAACACGAGCACGGCAUCUGGUGCAACUGGUAAUGGGGCUGGGGUAUCUGCUAGCGUCACCGCCAACGGCAAUGGCAGGAAAGGGUCCAGGAAGUGA